AUGGGCAAGGACGAAGGUUUCGCUCCUGGAUCAGCUGGUAUCGCAAUCGUUGCGUCUCGUCGUUACACUCCAAACAUCUCUCAACCCGGUGUCUACCAUUUCCACGAGCACACCCCAAGCAGAAUGACGAGCUUCGAUACCUUCUGUCUCCUCACUACCAUUGACAUGCGCGAAGCCGAACUUGAAGCGGCGGAAAAGGCCAAACAGAUGGCUAACAUGAUCGCGACUCCAGGUGACGCUAAGAAGGGUGCCAAGCUCUUCCAGACCCGUUGCGCUCAGUGCCACACUGUCGAGUCUGGCGGUGCCCACAAGGUCGGCCCCAACCUCCACGGUCUCUUCGGCCGCAAGACCGGUUCCGCCGAGGGCUACGCCUACACCGACGCCAACAAGCAGGCCGGUGUUACCUGGGACGAGAACACUCUGUUCUCCUACCUUGAGAACCCCAAGAAGUUCAUCCCCGGUACCAAGAUGGCCUUCGGUGGUCUGAAGAAGGGCAAGGAGAGGAACGACCUGAUCACCUACCUCAAGGAGAACUGCUAA